AAGCAAAUCCAUUCUUGUACCGCUUCCCUGAAAAGCUUUUCAGUAAAUGCACUCAUGCUACUACAGGAGCUUCUCUCAGCAAUAAGCCACCCAUCUGCCAUCAACAAGUUUGGACUAAAGGAAGCCACAGCUGCGGAAAAGGAAAACGUGAGCUUCAAUUAACCAGCUGAGCAGCCACGGAGGACGAAAACUUGUAUUAAGAUUUAAAAAUUGCAGACCUGUCAGAGGAGAUCAAGGCAGCAAUUUCAAAAGGAAUAUUCCAGGAGAGCAUCGUGGAUUUUGCACUAAUAUCAAAGGACACUAAAUCCAGUCAAUUAUUCAAGGCUGUCUUACAUUAGAGCCUUUCACAGACUCACGGCGUUGAGUCUCAAACUACGACUGAAUGCACCCUCCAAUGUACUCAAAAGAAUGGGCUUACAUUUCAAGUGGCCAUUAGGGGCUCGUAUGCUGGCAGCACUAUAUGCAAUGAGUAUGGUUUUAAAAAUGCUGCCUGCCUUGGGCAUGGCUUGUCCACCAAAAUGUCGCUGUGAGAAGCUGCUCUUUUACUGUGACUCUCAGGGGUUUCACUCAGUGCCAAACACCACUGAAAAGGGCUCGCUAGGUUUGUCACUGAGGCACAAUUAUAUUUCUGAACUUGAAAGGGAUCAAUUUGCAAGCUUCAGUCAACUUACUUGGCUUCACUUAGAUCAUAAUCAAAUUGCAACAGUCAGAGAAGAUUCUUUUCAAGGACUGUAUAAACUUAAGGAAUUAGUCUUAAGUUCCAACAAAAUCUUUCAUUUGCCAAACACAACUUUUAGCCAGCUGCUUAACCUGCAGAAUUUGGACCUCUCUUUUAAUCAGUUAUCCUCUCUGCACCCCGAGCUCUUCUACGGCCUUCGCAAGCUACAGACCUUGCACUUGCGAUCCAACUCCCUGCGGACCAUCCCGGUCCGCCUGUUCUGGGACUGUCGUAGCCUGGAAUUCCUGGAUUUGAGCACAAAUCGCUUGCGAAGUUUGGCUCGCAAUGGAUUUGCGGGAUUAAUCAAGCUGAGGGAGCUUCACCUAGAGCACAACCAGCUGACAAAGAUUAAUUUUGCUCACUUCCUCCGGCUGAGCAGCCUGCACACGCUCUUCUUGCAGUGGAACAAAAUUAGCAACUUGACAUGUGGGAUGGAGUGGACCUGGGGCACCUUAGCAAAGCUCGAUUUGACUGGAAACGAAAUCAAAGCCAUCGACCUCACCGUCUUUGAAACUAUGCCUAACCUUAAAACCCUCCUCAUGGAUAACAACAAGCUCACCACUCUGGAUUCCAAGAUCCUGAGCUCACUGACAUCCCUCACCACCGUGGGCCUCUCCGGCAAUCUGUGGGAAUGCAGCCCAAAGAUCUGCGCCUUGGCCACAUGGUUGAGUGGCUUCCAAGGUCGGUGGGAGCACGCCAUCCUCUGCCACAGCCCCGACCACACCCAGGGAGAGGAUAUUCUGGAUGCAGUGUAUGGCUUUCAGCUUUGCUGGAAUUUAUCGACUGUGGUUACCCCUGUGGCUACGACAUCGUACACAGCUCCAACUACCGAGUACAUGAAAAGAAUAAGCUCUUCUCAUUUCCAUGUGGGAGACAAAGAGAUUCCAACUACAGCAGGCAUGGUCGUUACCACCGAAGAACAGUUCCCUGAGCCAAACAAUGCCAUCUUCACUCAGAGGGUAAUUACAGGAACAAUGGCUUUAUUGUUUUCUUUCUUUUUUAUCAUUUUUAUAGUGUUCAUCUCCAGGAAGUGCUGCCCUCCCACACUAAGAAGAAUUAGGCAGUGCUCAAUGAUUCAAAACCACAGGCAGCUCCGAUCCCAAACGCGGCUGCAUAUGGCCAAUAUGUCAGACCAAGGACCCUAUAACGAGUACGAACCCACCCACGAAGGACCCUUCAUCAUCAUCAAUGGCUACGGACAGUGCAAGUGCCAGCAGCUGCCCUAUAAAGAAUGUGAAGUAUAAUACCUACAGCCCAUCACAAAGUAAAUCAGAUAAGUAACCUACUUUAAAAUUGUAGGGACCUACAUCAGAUUCUAAUUUUUACAAAUGUUGACAUAAAGCCUAAUUUUCCAAGCUACUUAAUGGAAACAUUGUUUAUGGAGUGGUGCAGUAUUUUUAAGUUUUUUAAAAAAUAAAUCCAUAAUAUUUUCAGUGUUAAAGAAGCAAUGAUUACAUUCAACUUGCACUCCUAAUGUUUAAAAGUCUAAAGAGAUGCUCACCUCAAACUAUGUAAAAUGUUUCAUGUUAUGUAAUUAUAUGACUGUGUGUAAACAUUUAUACCCGAGUCUCCAUAUUCUACUUUUUCUACUGCAAACAGUCUUAGGGGAAGGAGACUGGAUAUCUGUGCAGGGAUCUGUGGGGGACGUGCGCUCUGUUUGCUCCACUGCAGCUGGAGGAUCCCAAACACUGCAGCUGGCUCUGGGCACUUUAAGGGCAGCCCAGGAGGAAGAUUUUCCUCCUCUGAGCAUUUCACUCCAGUAAGGGAAGGGAGGGAAAACAAAAGGAAAAAAAAAAUAAAG